AUGGAUGGCAAAGACGAUCUUCAUCAUAACCAGGGAGAAGAUGAAGAAUAUACUUCUGAUAAAUAUUUUUGUGAUAGUGAUGAACUUGAAGAUGAAAACCAGGUAGCUGAUUUCUUUGAGCAGGAGCAUCAUGAAAAGAAGAUAAACAUAUAUACUGUUGUGAAGGAGGAAGAUAUAUGCCAGCGCCAAGAAGAGGGAAUGGUUGAUCCAAAUUCAGUGAUGGAAUGUGGUGUUUGCAGUGAUAGUUUUAGCAUCAAUGGAAUGAGAGGAGGCACUUGUGGGCAUUAUUUUUGUAUUGGGUGUUGGCUAAACUGGAUUCAAGAAAUAAUAGAUCAAGCAGGAGCAGGAUGUCUCAGACUGAAAUGCCUUGAACCAUCUUGUAAACGUUCUGUAGGUCAAGAAAUGGUGCUUUCUUUAUUGGUUUCUUGUGAGGAACGUUAUCUAAAAAUGUACAGACAGUACCUUGUUAGGUCGUAUGUUGAAAGCAAGAAAACAAUCAAAUGGUGUCCAGCCCCUCGUUGUGAGUAUGCUGUUGAAGUGGGUAAUCAUGGAAGUGGAUCAGGGUCAUAUGAGGUUACUUGUGAAUGCUGUUAUGAGUUUUGUUGGAACUGUUUAGAGGAAGCUCAUGGUCCAGUAGAUUGUGAGAUUGCAAAAAAGAGUAUGUUGGAGAACAAUGAUUUUGGGAAAACAGAAAACUGGAAGUUGGUUAACACAAAGCCUUGCCCCAAGUGUAAUUCUGCCAUUGAGAAAGGUGGAGGUUGCAGGCAUAUGACUUGUGUAUUUCCAUGUUGCUUUGAGUUUUGCUUGUUCUGCCUUGGCAGUUGGUUCGACCAUGAUGCUUAUUAUGCCUUUGAUUGGUAUUAUGAUAGUUAA